AUGUCCGACGCAACAGAAGCAACAGCCGCGCCUGCGAAGGCUCUGAUUGAUGGAAUCGAUAUGUUCAACCCAGACGCCACCCAUGAAAGAAAUGCAGAGAUCUUGAAGAAUUUCUCCAUCAAACGCAAUGUCUUCAAUUUAUUUGCCAGAUCACCAGGUCUAUUCCCGCCCAUCAUCAGCCUUUUGACCGCUUUGCUGGACGGCCAUACGCGCACCAUUCAGAUCCUGGACUACCAACUCGUCGUUCUUCGCAUGACGGGGACUGUUGGCGCCGAAUACUUGUUUGGCAUCAAUGAGCCUGUUUCGAGGGUCAACGGCAUGGGCGAUGAAAAGAUUGACACGCUUCGCAAAGGCUUGAAGUCGGAGGAGCUCUUCGCAAUGGGAAUCUGGUCUGAGCGGCAGCAAUGUAUCAUCACCUUGGUGGAUGAGUCCAUCGCAACAUGGACCAAUACCGAGGAAACCAUCCAAUGGGCUCGAUCGUUGAUGAGUGAUGAUGAGGUGGUAGAGCUCUAUAUUGUUUUAGGGUUCUAUUCCAUGAUUGCUCGCAUGACAAAGGGUCUGAGGGUUCAGAAGGAUGCUCCCAUCGCUGGUCUGGGGCAGGCUAUUGUGCAGAAUAUCACCAAGAAUGCAGCCGAUACCGAGGAUGCAAAGCCGGAAUUAGCAGCUUCAGGCUGA